GGGGACUUGACAAGGAAUAAAUCAGACUACAACAAACAAUAAUAAUAAUUUUAUUAUUAUUAUUAUUAUUAUUUUAAAAAACAAAAAGUUUCAGCAUCUGGCCUCUCAGUUCUUCUCCAGAUUCGAUCCAAUGGUGGCGGCAAGGCAUCUCGAUCUUCAUCUCUUCCUCCCUUCGCCAAGAAAAUGAUCCAACACAGCGUCUUCUUCCCUAAUGAGGAACUCCAUGAUAUAAGAGUGAUAUAAUAGAAGAACAAACAGAUACAUCAAUGUAAUGACAAAUAUGGUAAUGGAGGACUACACUCAAAGCAAUGAAAAUUUUAACCAUAGCAGCAAGGAGAGAUUUGCUGAGCUCAUUGAAAACACUUGUGGUCGCUAUUGCCUUGGCCCAAAUCCUUCCUUGGCUCGCUUCAUCUACGCCCUCAUCUUCUUGGUCACCUGCCUCCUCGCUUGGAGCAUUAGAGACUACGGUCACAAUGCCCUCUCUGAACUUGAGAGGCUGAAAGGUUGCCAUGGUGCCCGUGACUGCUUGGGAGCAGAAGGAGUGCUCCGCAUAAGCUUUGGAUGUUUUUCCUUCUUCUUUAUGAUGUUUCUAUCAACUGUGGGAACAAAGAAAUUGGAAGACACUAGGAACAAUUGGCACUCAGAAUGGUGGCCUGUCAAGAUCAUCCUUUGGAUUGGCUUCAUGGUGAUACCCUUCUUCAUCCCAUCGGCUUUUGUCCAGCUCUACGGGAAGAUUGCACACUUUGGAGCUGGUGCCUUCCUCUUGAUUCAGCUCAUCAGUGUCAUCAGCUUCAUAACUUGGCUGAAUGAAUGCUGCCAAUCAGAGAAAUAUUAUGAACAAUGUCAAUACCAAGUAAUGGCACUCUCAGUGAUGGCAUUUCUUGCAUCUAUAGUUGGAAUUACCAUGAUGUACAUAUGGUAUGUACCCAACGUAUCUUGCAAGCUGAACCUCCUCUUCAUCACCUUGACUCUUGUGCUUCUGCAACUCAUGACACUCACAUCGGUCCGUUCGAAGGUCAGAGGAGGAUUCCUGGCACCUGGACUGAUGGGAAUGUACAUUGUGUAUCUUUGUUGGAGCGCAAUUAGGAGUGAGCCACAAACAGAGUUUUGCAAUAAGAAAGUAGAAGCUGCAACAAGUGCAGACUGGCUUACUAUCGUGAGCUUUGUCAUUGCUGUCCUUGCCAUAGUCAUCGCAACAUUUUCAACAGGCAUAGAUUCCAAGCGCUUGAAGGAGCAGUUCACUUACAUGUUCAAGAAAACUGGAGUAGAGUCUGAGGAUGGGGUUCCCUAUGGAUAUGGCUUCUUUCAUUUUGUUUUUGCCAUGGGAGCAAUGUACUUUGCUAUGCUAUUUGUUAGCUGGAAUUCACAGAACACUAUGCCAAAGUGGACAAUAGAUGUUGGAUGGGCCAGCACAUGGGUUAGAAUUGUGAAUGAAUGGGUAGCAACUCUUGUGUACAAUGUUUUCCUUGUGAUGACAGUAUGGAUGCUUAUUGCACCCCUUUUUUGGAAGAGCAAAAGAGAGGCAGAUCCAGUGGAGUAGAAGAGGGCAAUUUCUUGAUUUCUUGCACAAGAUUUCAUGGAGCACAUGGUCCUGCAUCCCAAGAGAUGCUGUCAAAGCAUGAGAUCCACUUCCAGAUUUCUUACAUUUAGCAUGCUUAAUUAAUGUUUGAUCUUUAGCUGCCUUGUAAAUUUCGAAACAUAUUUGUUUGCUUCAGCUCCUAAUGGGCAUCAAUUUACUUAUAUUA